GAAUCAGGGUUAGUUUGUCAGCUGGGGUGAAAGAGGAACGAUUACGAUACAGGAUUUAACUUUAGCCUGCAGUUUACACACACACACACACACUCACUACUAUCACUGCUGCUAUUAUUUAUUACUGUGUAUUUGUACCCCUCACUUUAUCUACUUGUUGACAGAUCACAUUUCCUAGUUCAUACCUUUACUGAGGUAGAUCUGUAUAUUUAUCCUACCACGAUCCGUGCGUAUAUUGGACGUUAACUCACAAAUAAAAGUACAAUCUGUGAAUAUAUUAAAAUAUUUUGUAAAUAAAACCAUAAACAGUAAAUAUGUACAAAUAUUUCACAAAUUCAACCAUAAUUCAAGUGUUCUACACCAUCACCAAGAAAUGUGUAUUAUUUUGUUAGCAUCAAACAAACAAAAAAACGAAUUAAUUGUAUUUCAAAAGAACAGAAUAUCAUAUUUUAAAUUGUAUUAUGUUACUGGUCUGCUCAAUAACCUAUGGCUAUGUUGUCGCAAGUGCUCCCAUGUAUGUCCCUCCCUCCCUCUGUGUUGUAAAUCUCUGUGUUGUAAAGAACAAACCAAAGAAUGUUUCCACUGCAGCACUAAAUCAAACAUCUAAUUUCAGCUAAUUAUCACCUAAUGCAUAUUAUAAACCGGGUCGUUCGAGCCCUGGAUGUUUAUUGGGUGAAAGCUGUAGUACAGUAUAUGAGACAAUAUGCCACGGGUAUGACACAAAACGACUUGUUUACAGCUCUAAUUACUAUAGUAACCAGUUUAUAAUAGCAAUAAUAUUUCUCUGGGAUUUGUGGUAUAUGGUCAAUAUACUACGGCUAAGGGCUGUGUCCAGCCACUCCAGCCCUCAACCGUGGUAUAUUGGUCAUAUACCACACCCCCUCUGGCCUUGUUGGUUAAAUAUAACACUCCAAAGCUGGAGUCAUUAUCAUUAUGUCGACAGACAUGACGCUACAGUGCUGAAUGAUGUUGAUGUUUGCGAGGUGUAUCCCACCAUGCCCCAAACAGGAAUACCUGUAGUUAUGUUAAACAACAGGUUGAAGGCUCUACAAUUAGGUUGUUAAACACUAUAAUGGAUACUUUCUAGAGUCAUCCCAAGAAGCUGCUGUAUAUAAGGCUGAUGCCAGCAGUACUCAACAUUUCCUGAUUCCCAUGAUGGACUUGACUGUGUCUUCCCUGCUGUCCAUGGUGGUUUACACCUGUUGUACCUGGGCCAUACCUGCUCAGAGUACCUCAGUGAGCUCCAAAAGGUUCCCCAAAAGUUAUUCAGAUGAUCACAUUAUACGCAGUGAGAUGACAGCGAUGGAUCAAAUCAUAGAGGCCAAUGAGUUCCAAGCUGCCCAGGUUCCAGACGGCACUAGUUUCAGGGAUGGAGAUAUCGCUGUGACUACCGGGAGGCGCUCUAAGGUCUGUUUCGCACGCAGUUGUCUGUGGUCCAAGUCGGUGGACGGGCAUGUCUACAUCGCAUACAGGCUGUCAUUGGACUACAGUGAUUUGGAUCAGAGGAUAAUAAAGUCUGGUAUGGAGAACAUGGAGACAGGUACCUGUGUGCGUUUUGUUCCAUGGACACACCAGAGGGACUACCUGGAUAUUCAACCUAAGUCAGGGUGUUGGUCGUACCUAGGGCAGCGUGGUGGCAGACAGACUUUAUCUCUACAGUCUCCUGACUGUAUGUUGUCUGGCGUGGCCUCCCACGAACUCAUGCACGCCCUGGGCUUCGUGCACGAACAUUCCCGCAUCGACCGCGACAACUAUGUCACUGUCCUGUGGGAGAACAUUUGGAAGGAUCGCGUACGGAACUUUGAGAAGUUCAAAACCAACUCUCUGGGCGUCCCCUAUGACUACGACUCCAUCAUGCACUUUGGGAUGUAUUCGUAUUCAGAAGAUGGAGAUCCUACCAUCAAACCUAAGAGGAAGAACCACAACAGCCAUCUGGGACAGAGAACCGGUCUCAGUCAACUGGACAAAAUGAAGAUUAACAAACUCUACAAAUGUGAAACCCUGGACGAUUAGAAAAAUCAAACAGAGAAACAUCAUCCACUGAAUCUCUGGUGUCAGAUAAUGGGAGCAUUUAAAUAAAGAUCGAUUGACAACUCA